CCCAAGGUGGAGAUUGGCUUUGAAGCGUCAAACUCGGAGCGCGCAUGCGCAGUGGUAGAAGUGCGGUUCUUCGAGAGCGAUGGCUGCCAAGAGUUUUGCUUCCCGCCUCAGAGGCUCCCGGCGAUUUCUGAAUGGCUUUGUGGCCGGAGCUGCAGUGGGCGCAGCGGGAACGGGGCUGAUGGCCCUGCAGUUCUUCCGGAGACGGGACGCGGAGGCAACGUGGACAGCCAGGGGGCUGGACGGAUCUGAAGAAAAGGCUAUCUUGGAACAAUUUGGAUUUCCUUUAACUGGCACAGAGACUAGGUGUUACACUAAUCAUGCCUUGUCUUAUGAUCAGGCAAAGCGGCUGCCUAGAUGGGUUCUUGAGCAUAUAUCCAAAAGCAAGAUCGUGGGUGAUGCAGACAGAAAACACUGUAAGUUCAAGCCUGAUCCCAGUAUCUCUCCAACAUUCAGUGCCUUCAAUGAGGACUAUAUUGGAAGCGGCUGGUCACGAGGACACAUGGCUCCAGCAGGAAACAAUAAAUUUUCAAGUAAAGCCAUGGCUGAAACUUUUUACCUUUCUAAUAUUGUGCCUCAGAAUUUUGAUAAUAAUUCUGGAUAUUGGAACAGAAUAGAAAUGUACUGUCGUGAACUGACAGAGAGGUUUGAAGAUGUUUGGAUAGUAUCUGGACCUUUGACCUUACCUCAGACUAAAAAUGAUGGAAAGAAGACAGUUACUUAUCAGGUGAUUGGUGAGGACAAUGUAGCGGUCCCCUCACACCUUUAUAAGGUGAUCCUGGCUCGCAGAAGCCCAGAGUCUACUGAACCACUGGCACUGGGAGCCUUUGUGGUGCCCAAUGAAGCCAUUGGCUUCCAGCCUCAGUUAACGGAAUUCCAAGUGAGCCUCCAAGACCUUGAGAAGUUAUCAGGCCUGGUAUUUUUCCCUCAGUUGGAUAGAGCUAGCAAUAUCAGGAAUAUCUGUGCGGUGGACACCUGUAAACUCCUGGAUUUCCAGAAAUUUACUCUGUACCUGAACACAAGGAGGAUUGAAGGAGCCCGUUCAUUGCAGAGGUUGGAAAAAGUUAUGGAAAAUUUGAAGAACGCAGGGAUUGAACCAGACGAUUACUUCCUAAGUUGCUAUGAGAAGAAACUAGAAGAACUCAAAGCUAAUGAACAGUCUAGAACCCAGACGAGAAAGCCAUCUUAGCUACCUCAGAAGAUAAAUGCUGGUCUGCUGUAAGGAAGCAGGCGCGCCCUCUGCGAGCUCAUGUGUUUUAGUGGCUUUGCUUUAAAGAAAUGAUGGAAUCCUAAAUUUGAGACUAAAAUUCCCUCUGAACAAUGAAUGAUCUACAAUUAUUUUGUCGUCAUUAUUAUUAUUAUUAUUAUUAUUAUUUUAUCAUGGGGCCUAAUUAGUAAGGAAGCAGUCAGUCUGCAGAUGGAGAGCUGAACUUGUGUCAAGUUAACAAGAGGACUGUGUCACCAAGAUGGUGCUGCAGUUAUGUCCCUCUGGAUGAAUAGUAUGAAGAAAGGCACUGCUUAUUCGUACGCCUCCAGAUCAUACAGUGUCUUCGAUCUGUCUGUUUGCUCACCUUCUUGGAACUUGUUCUUGGAUGUUUUCUUUCCUUAGGAGCUGAUUAGCUUUUAGAAAUCUUCCAUUAGCCUGCCUAAGAACAAUAUACAGUACAAUUUAUUUAUUUCUUCUCUUGAACCUGCAGAAGCACCCAAUAGCUGUGUUUUCUGCUCAGUGUGUUUUUCCACACUAAACUCAGUGCUUUA